AUGAUCCCGCACCCAGGCACCUCCACGUCUCUCGUCAUGCUGCUGCCCUUUUCCCAACCAACUCACGGCCCUGCACCCCAGCCACCCUGGGGACAGCCCCCUCCGCCCCUCCUGAAUGUGGCAUUCCCUCCAGGCAGUCGCCUUGUGCUGCCUGCUGCUAUCCCCAGGAUGCCCACAGUGGCUGGAGAUGGUGGCUGUGGCCCAAAUGGGGCUGGGAAUGUCCAGCUAUUCCUCCAGUUGAGGACAGGAGGGCAGCCAGUGGAGCCCCUCCACUCUCAGACCUUGGUCUACAACCAAACCCAGAUCAGCCUGAAUGCCCCAGAGGGGUUCUGUGGGGCAGGGCAGCACCCUGCUCCCAUAGCAGUGCCUGUGUCUUCCCUGCAGGCAACAGUGCCUGCACCUACCAUGGUGGGAACCCAGGCCAGUCAGGGGGGCUGGCCUCCAGGCCGCCCUCCUCCAGCUCCACCACCAGCUGCCCAGCUGGCCCCGAUGGUCUUCCCAGUAAACAACGGGCCACCAUCACAAGGGGCUGACAGGGAGCACAUCCUGCCUACUCCCAAGGCCCAAGCCUCACCAGACGACCCCUGCAACUCCACCAGCGUCUACGAGAACUUCCGGCGCUGGCAGCACUUCAAGGCCCUGGCCCGGAGGCUCCUUCCCCAGAGCCCUGACACAGAAGCUCUGUCCUGCUUCCUCAUCCCUGUGCUGCGGACCCUGGCCCAGAGGAGGCCCACCAUGCCGCUGGAGGAGGGCCUGCAGUUUGCCUUGCGUGAAUGGCAGCACAAGAGCAACUUUGACCGGAUGAUCUUCUACGAGAUGGCAGAAAAGUUCAUGGAGUUUGAGGAAGAGGAGGAGAUGCAGAUUCAGAAGCUGGGGUGGAUGAAGGGGAAACCUUGCCAGCCCCCACCGGUCUCACCAGCACUGCUUCCUCAAGGGCCCCCAGCCCCUGUGGCUGUCCAGCAGCCAGGGUGUGCCCCCAGGAAGGCCAGCUCCAAGGCCCUGCCUGCCUGUCCAGUGCCACCCAGACACCAGGGGCCUCAGGACAAGACACCCAAGGAGAUCCCGCCAGAGGCUGUGAAGGAGUACAUGGAAAUCAUGGACACGUUGCUGGGGCCAACACCCUUGUCCUGGGAGCCUCCCGAUGGCCACCCAGAAGAGGACAGAGAUGAAGGUUUCCUGGAGAAUGAGGGGUCAUACCCGGACCCAGAAAUGCUGUCCUACAUUGACAGUCUAUGCUCCCAGGUGGAUUUUGUCACCAAGGCGGAGGCCAUCAUUCACCCCAGAUUCCUGGAAGAACUGCUUUCCCCAGAUCCACAGCUGGACCUCACAGCCCUAUCCAAGGAGCUGGAGAAGGAGGAAGGGCUGACUGCUGGCCAGGUAAAGGACAGAAGGUGCAAUUCUGAAUCUGGACCCCAACAAAGUGCGGAGAGUGACAACCAGGGCCCCCGCCUUGGGGCCAGAGCUCAGUGCUUCUCCCAGUCGAUGCCUUCCCAAGACCUGCAGAGACAUGCAGUCCCAGACACCCCCCUGUGCAGGCCUGAGGUUAAUGCUGUCUUCAGUGGACAUCGGGCGUGUCCCUCACUGGGGGCCACCAAAGAUGCUGAGAGUUUCAGAGGAGGACCCUCUGUUGGGGGCCCGCAUGCACCAUUGGACAUCUCCAGUGAGAACGAGGAGGAACUUCCCAGUCUCUCCUUCCUCCUGGCCUCCCAGCACCACCUGCUGCCCUUGGGCUUUGCACGCAGCGAGGCCUCUGCCGAAGACCUGCCCUGCCUUGGAGCUGGGAAUCCUUGCAGAGCACCAAAACCCCUGUCUACCCAUGGAAGGGACCCUAGGGGUCCCCUCCCACAUGCUGCAAAGUCCAGGAAGCAAGCUCUCCAGGGAGGCCCGGGCCCUGUAAAAAAGAAGCCCUGCCCAGGGCCUCACCUCAGGGCUUCUGGAGGGCAGGCCCAGGCUCUGGGCUCUGUGGGAAACUCCCAGGCUCAGAAGAGGAAACGUGACCACUUUGACACCAGGAGGAGGAAGAAGCAUCAUUCAGCCCACUAG